AUGAAUUCGACGACAGAAUUUCAAAGAAGAUACACGAUGGCCUGGAUCUGUAUGAUGCUCUUCCAGCAGGGGAAGUAUGAAGCAGCAGUGGGUAUUGUCUGGUGUUUGUCAACAAUGGUUAUCUCAGAUGGUGCUGUUCCUUUGAUUUGUGCACCAACUCCUUGGCAGGAGUUACCACUGAAGACAGAGAAAAAUCAAAGAAGUGUGGGUUUGAAAUUAGUUAACAUUGACCCAAUCGUUACAGCUCACGUGUGUGUCUCGAUGGCAAGGCUCAGGGUCAGAAUGUGCACAGAAGCAGGGAAGAUGAGUUUUGUGGGGUGGGCAUUGAGCAGUGGACUUCUGACCAAGCCACUCCCUGUCCUUGCCGCCGCUUCAGGAAUGAGGAAAAAGGUGCUGCAUGAUCCUUUCUUGAGUAAUUUGGCUUUGGUGCUUAGCCAUCGGGGAAAGUACGAGCAAGCAGAAAGGCUUCACAGAGAAAGGCAGGACAUGAUGAAGAAGGUGUUGGGUGAGGUCCACCCAGAUGAUGGCAGUUCUUUGAACAACUUGGCAUUGGUGCCGUCCAAGCAGGGGAAGUAUGAAGAAGCAGAGACGCUCCACAGGGUAGCGCUGGAAUUGCGGAGGAAGGUGUUGGGUGAGAUCCACCCAGAUGUUGCCAUUUCUCUCAACAAUUUGGCAUUGGUGCUGUCCAAGCAGGGGAAAUACAAAGAGGCAGAGAUGCUCCACAGGGGAGAGCUGGAAUUGCGGAGGAAGGUGUUGGGCAAGGUCCACCCAGACAUUGCCACUUCUCUCAACAGUUUGGCGUUGGUACUGUGCAAGCAGGAGGGGUACAAGGCAGAGAAGCUUCACAGGGACGGGCUGAAAAUGAGGAGGAUGGUGUUCUGGGAGGUUUUCUGUGGGGCGGGGGGGUCAGCACAUUUUAACCUUGGAUUAGCACUUGAGGGAAAGAAAGAAUACAAACCAUUGAAUCCUUAUGACAGAUAUGCCCUAGAAAUGACAAAAACAGUGCUUGGCGAGGGCCACCAAAGCAUUGCUGCUGCUGGGGAUAAUUUAGAACUGGCAGCGCAGCAGCCUCACAGGCGAGUGGGGAUGACACUGCUUUAUGCUCAUCCAAUCAUUGCCACUUAUUUGUCUGAUUUUGCAACGAGGCAGAUGAGCAGGAAGUAUGAGGAAACAGGGAAGGUCAGGAGAGAAGGACUGGAAGUGAGCAACGAAAUUCUGAACAAGGGUGGCACCUUGGAUCCUCCAGCGGGUUCUGUGCGAAUCGAGGCACUGCCAGAUAUUGAUGGGCAAAAUCUGUUGAGAACUAGGGACAGCCAUGCUGCUGAGGGCCAUGACAUUCCAGAUGAGGGCGAACAGUGUGGCUUUCCUAAUAGGGAAAAGAAGCCACCUCGCUCCAGAAUGGCACUUGGCCAAAAUGCUUUAAACAUUUGCGCAUCGCGGGGAAGCUUCUCCUCCUCACUCUCCAUGGCAGCUUGCGUUGUCUUCGCCAUCACCUUCGCGACAGCUGCCGCUGCAUACAGCGAUGUGAAUUCCCCCAUGCAGGGCAAUGUCACAUGGAGUGCAGCGCCGCGAGGCCGAUUUCCAUAUCUUGUUAGCGUACGGGACGGCUUCAAGGGACACAGUUGUGAUGGAGUGUUGACUCAUCCGCAUUACGUAAUGAUCGACGCUCAUUGCGCGGAGGUGGUCGGCCCAAAUCCAGUUAUGUUCUUUUACAGCACAGUGACUGAGGAAGGGGCGGCGAAGAUCAAGGAGGUCAGGGCGGAAGGGGUCCUUUUUCAUCCGAACAUAACGGAAGUGGCUUUGUUCCUACUCUUGGAGCCCGUCGGUGGCAAUGUGGCUGUGGCCCAAGCGGCGCCGCCAUUCCCAAACGCCGUUCUGGUGACUGCCGCUGAGGGAAGCGAUGUUUUCGUCACUCCCUGGGACUGCGGGGAUGAUGUCAGAGGGAGCGAGUGCAUGCGAAUCUUGGCAAAAGUGCCAAACUGCAGUGAAGGCCCAAAAUUCAGGCAGUACAGUUUGGUGGUGCUGGACCCACCUCCCUCUGCAGCCGGCUUUAAGAGUCGGGAUACAAAUUUGGAUCUCAUGGUCGGCAUGGUGUCAUCCUGGGAUGGUGAUGUAACAUUCGUGGAUUUGAACAGAAGCGACAUCCGGAGAUGGCUGGAGGAUGUCAAAGCCCAGAUGGAGCCCAUGCAAAGAAAGAGACGUGAUCACAUAUUGGCCCUGGUGAUUUCUUCUGUCUCCCUGGGCUACUCGGUAUGUUAA